UAUCUCAUUGCCAGACAGUCCGUAGUGAUGGGAGGGGGUAGUUAAAAAACCCCCAGAGAGGGGAAAAAAAGAAGAAAAGAAGACAGUGAGUGGAGACGGCAUACGAGAACCACCCAAACUUCACAAACCAACCAAUCAAGCUGCGUUCUUGGAAUUGGAUCCCUCCCUUGUUCACCACCUGAGAGUGGAGAAACACAGCUGUGCCUCAGAGGCUCAGAGGAGCGAGAAAGACGAAGACAGGAACAAAGAACAGGUGAGAGAAAAAACAGGAGACGUCCCAGACUGAAGGAAAAGACCAAAGUACUUUUAUGGACAAUGAGAACUCAUCUCAAAUCAGAUAAGACGCAGUGCUGGUUCUAAAAUGUAAAGCAUGAGUUAGGAAAGAGACUCGGGAGAAGAGAACUUGAACUCUCAGGAGAGUUGUGUAUCUGUAACAACAAAGCAUGAGCUCAGUGUCUUUGACUGGAUGAACUCAGAUAAGGAGCCUGUCUCAAAAGAAGAGCAAAUGAAGCACAUGAAGGAAGUCAAUGUAAGGAUUUUAGAACUUUUUCCGCUACAAAGCUUUUUUUUUGUUAACAUGUUUUUAAUUUUUUCCCCUGCUGAGUCUUCUUUGAUCCACCAUGUAGAGUCUUGUUGGAGGCUCUGAGGAGUCCCAGAAUCUGACAAUAUAUUACCCGGAGCAGAUUUAGCUCCUGCGGCUUCUGAAACUGGAGGCAUGUCUGCAGAAGAUGUUCGAAGCACCAUCAGCCUCGGGGCUGAAAGCAACACUUCAGAUUUCUGUGAAAGUCAGAGUCUUGGCCAAAGUCAGGACCAAGACCUGGAAAACCACAGCCAAGGCCAAGAUGGAAUUGUCCUGGAACGAAUGGCCUCGCUGUCGCUGGACAUGUUUGAGCCCAGUGACUUCACAGGAAGGUUUACAAAAGUCCAGUCGAGGUACAGAAAAAGGACGAGGAUCAUUACAGCCUCUCCAGUGGGACUGAAGCCUCCCCUCCCUCCUGUCAGUGGCACCUUGGGAGAGCGAAAGGGUCCUGUUGUCAUGGCGCCUGUCAACGUGGACCCUGAGAGUAAGCCAGGCGAGUUUGUCCUAAAAAGCCUGUUUGCCAACUUUACGCUGCUCUCUGAGCGCAAGAUUCGCAUCAUAAUGGCUGAACCACUGGAGAAGCCACUAAACAAAUCUCUACAGAGAGGAGAGGACCCGCAGUUUGACCAGUUGAUGAGCACGAUGAGUUCAUUAGCAGAGUACUGCCUGCCGUCUAUUCUGAGGACUCUGUUUGACUGGUACAAGAGGCAAAACGGCCUGGAAGACGAGUCCCAUGAAUACCGGCCCAGGGCCAACACCAAAUCUAAAAAUGAUGAACAACAGAAGGACUACUUAUUGGAGCGCAGAGAUCUGGCGAUAGACUUUAUCUUCUCUCUAGUGCUCAUAGAAGUUCUGAAGCAGAUCCCUCUUCAUCCACUGUUGGAUGGGCUCAUUCAGGAAGUUGCAAACCUGGCCUUCAAGCACUUCAAAUAUAAAGAAGGGUAUCUGGGGCCCAACACAGGCAAUAUGCACAUUGUGGCAGAUCUCUAUGCUGAAGUCGUUGGGGUAGUAGCACAGUCAAGGUUCCCAGCGGUGAGAAAGAAAUUCAUCUCUGAGCUAAAAGAGCUGAGACAAAAGGAACAGAGCCCCUAUGUUAUCCAGUCCACCAUCAGCCUCAUCAUGGGGCUCAAGUUCUUCCGCAUCAAAAUGUACCCAGUGGAGGACUUCGAAGCCUCCUUCCAGUUCAUGCAGGAGUGUGCACAGUAUUUCUUGGAAGUGAAGGACAAAGACAUUAAACACUCAUUAGCUGGACUGUUUGUGGAGAUACUUGUACCUGUUGCUGCUACUGUGAAGAACGAGGUGAACGUGCCAUGUCUGCGAAAUUUUGUAGAGAGCCUGUACGAUACCACACUGGACCUCUCAUCUAGGAAGAAACACUCUUUGGCGCUGUAUCCUCUGGUGACCUGUCUGCUGUGUGUCAGUCAGAAGCAGUUCUUUCUCAGCCGCUGGCACAUUUUCCUCAACAACUGCUUGUCAAACCUCAAAAAUAAAGACCCCAAGAUGGCACGUGUGGCUCUAGAAUCACUCUACCGCCUGCUUUGGGUUUAUAUGAUCCGAAUAAAGUGCGAGAGCAACACUGGAACACAGAGUCGUCUGACGUCCAUCACCUCCACACUGUUUCCCAAAGGAAGUCGCAGCGUUGUUCCCAGAGACAUGCCCCUCAAUAUUUUUGUCAAGAUUAUCCAGUUUAUUGCUCAGGAGAGACUGGAUUUCGCUAUGAAGGAGAUCAUUUUUGACCUGCUGAGUGUUGGGAAGCCUGCCAAAGCCUUCAGUCUCAAUCCUGAGCGUAUGAACAUUGGUCUGCGGGCGUUCCUGGUGAUAGCAGAUGCUCUGCAGCAGAAGGAUGGAGAGCCCCCCAUGCCCAACACUGGGGCCACUCUGCCCUCUGGAAACUCUCUGAAGAAGAAGAAAACAUAUCUGAGCAAGACCCUCACCGAAGAGGAGGCCAAACUAAUAGGCAUGUCCUUGUACUACUCUCAGGUACGAAAAGCUCUGGACAACAUCCUGAGACACUUGGACAAGGAGGUGGGCCGUUGCAUGAUGCUUACCAGUGUCCAGAUGCUAAAUAAAGAACCAGAGGACAUGAUCACUGGUGAAAGGAAGCCUAAAAUCGACCUGUUCAGGACUUGCGUGGCAGCUAUUCCUCGUAUCCUUCCUGAUGGAAUGUCCAAACCCGAGCUCAUUGACUUGCUCUCACGACUUACAGUGCACAUGGAUGAUGAGCUUCGCCUCAUUUCCCAGAACUCCUUGCAAAGCCUGUUACUUGAUUUCUCAGACUGGAGGGAGGAUGUCCUGUUUGGUUACACACAUUUCCUUUUGCGUGAGGUGCAGGAUACUCAUCAGGGCUUGCAGGAUGCAUCUGUGAAACUCCUUCUCCAGUUGCUCACACAGUGGAGGUUGGCGUUGCAGCUGCAGGGGAAGAUGCGGGGUGGAGUUGAGGCUAGCCCCAGAAUGCCUGAUAGAAGUCCUCAUUGCUCGGUGUUGCAUGCUGUCGAGGGCCUGGCUCUGCUGCUCCUCUGCUCUUGUCAAAUCAGCACGAGAAAGCUGGCUGUUGGUGUGUUAAGAGAAAUACGCUGCCUCUUCACUGCUCUGGGACAUGCUGAGGAUGAUGACAAGCCCAUGAUAGAGGUCAUGGACCAGCUAAGCCCUGCUGUAAUGGACAGCUUCGUCCAUGUGGCUGUCUCUGACUCUGCCACCCUGCCGCUGAGCCACCAUGUGGACCUGCAGUGGCUGGUGGAGUGGACGGCUCGGCUGGUGAGCAGCUCUUAUGAUGUGAAGAGCCCCAGCCAUGUGUGGAUCUUUGCACAGUGCGUAAAGGACCCCUGGGUGCUCUGUCUUCACAUCUUUUUGCGACAGGAGCACCUGCCCAAACACUGUCCCACCGCCCUGGGAUAUGCCUGGCCCUACGCGUUCACAAGGCUACAGCUGCUAUUGCCACUGGUUGACCCCAACAGCCCAGUUAAUGCCAAGAAGACAAGCACUGUAGGCUCCAGUGACAGCUACAUCUCUCUAUGGCGUAACUACCUGAUUAUGUGUCUGGGUGUUGCAAAGCCGAGCAUCAUGUCCCCCGGUCACCUCCGAGCUUCCACGCCAGAGAUCACAGCAACAACACCUGAUGGCAGCGUCACCUAUGACAACAAGGUGAUCGGGACUCCAUCAGUCGCUUGGCUUUUAAAACAACUUGUUCCGCUGAUGAGAGCUGAGAGUUUGGAGAUCACAGAGUCUCUGGUGCUGGGGUUCGGAUGCACAAAUGCCUUAGUCUUCAGAGAACUAGUCGAAGAACUCCAUCCACUAAUGAAGGAGGCACUGGAACGAAGGCCUGAGAACAAGAAACGCAGAGAAAGGCGGGAUCUUCUCAGGCUGCAGCUGCUGAGGAUCUUUGAACUAUUGGCCAAUGCAGGAGUUAUCAGUGACAGCACUAACGGAGCAUUGGAACGUGACUCCCUGGCACUGGGCGCCUUGUUCCUUGAAUACGUGGAUCUAACGAGGAUGCUUCUUGAGGCUGAGAAUGAGAAGGAGCUUGAGGUCCUCAAAGACAUCAGAGCUCAUUUCAGCGGGAUGGUAGCCAAUCUCAUCCAGUGUGUUCCUGUGCACCACAGACGAUUCCUUUUCCCACAACAGUCUCUGAGGCAUCACCUGUUCAUUCUCUUCAGCCAAUGGGCCGGACCCUUCAGCGUCAUGUUCACUCCUCUGGACCGUUACAGCGACCGCAACCACCAGAUCACUCGGUACCAGUACUGUGCUCUCAAGGCCAUGUCGGCGGUUUUAUGUUGUGGUCCUGUGUUUGACAAUGUGGGUCUUUCUACUGAUGGCUAUCUCUACAAAUGGCUUGACAACAUCUUGGCCUGCCACGACCUACGGGUACACCGCCUUGGGUGUGAGGUGGUGAUCCUGCUUUUAGAACUGAACCCAGACCAGAUCAAUCUGUUCAACUGGGCUGUAGAUCGCUGCUUCACUGGAUCUUAUCAGUUGGCAUCUGGGUGCUUCAAGGCAAUUGCCACAGUCUGUGGCAACAGGAACUACCCAUGUGACCUUGUGACCUUGCUCAAUCUGGUGCUGUUCAAAGCCUCAGAUACCAGCAGGGAAAUAUAUGAGAUUUCCAUGCAGCUGAUGCAGGUGUUGGAGUCGAAGUUGUGUGCGUACUCUAAGCGGAUGGUGGAGCAGAAGCCUGGGAAUAUUCUGUACGGUACACACGGCCCUCUGCCUCCACUGUACAGCGUCAACCUGUCUCAGCUCUCCAUCCAGCUGGCCAGCAUGUACCCAGAACUCACCCUGCCUCUGUUCUCAGAGGUGAGCCAGCGUUUCCCAACCACACAUCCCAAUGGCAGACAGAUCAUGCUCUCUUACCUUCUGCCAUGGCUCAGUAACAUCGAACUUGUGGACACAGGCCUCUUACCACCUGCUUCAAGCCCCUGCACACCAGAUGAAGAAUCCCGUGGUCAGGCACAUAGCAUGGGCCUCUCACCCAGUCUGAGGGGUAACGGCUGGGGCUCCCUGCAGGCGACCUCGCUCGUGCUCAAUAACCUCAUGUUCAUGACGGCUAAGUAUGGAGAUGAGGUCCCGGGGCCAGAAAUUGAAAAUGCCUGGAACGCGUUGGUGAGCAACGAAAGGUGGAGCAACAACUUGCGAAUCACACUACAGUUUCUGAUCAGUUUGUGUGGAGUCAGCAGUGAUACAACACUUCUGCCAUAUAUCAAGAAGGUGGUGAUUUACCUCUGUCGGAACAACACCAUCCAGACCAUGGAGGAACUGCUGUUUGAACUCCAACAGACCGACCCAGUCAACCCUGUGGUGUUACACUGUGACAACCCUCCGUUUUAUCGCUUUGCUGCCAGUAACAAAGCCUCCACGUCACAGACAGGAACCACCUCCAGCAGUAACACUGUUGUGGCUGGUCAAGACAACCUGCAGGACACAGAUGAGACCAAACUGGUCAGAGAAAGUGAAGAAAGGGCUAGGGCACACAACAGGCUGGAAUCACGCUACAGCAACAGCUCUGGAGGAUCUUACGAGGAUGAAAAGACCGACCCACUUCCCCCUUAUGCUGGUUGGCUACUGGGUGUCCUGGAGACCAACCGCCCCCAGCCGUUACCGAUGCCUGUCAACGGAGGUUGCUGGGCGCCUCUGGUCGAUUACUUACCAGAAACCAUCACACCAAGAGGACCGCUGCAUAGGUGUAACAUCGCAGUGAUCUUCAUGACUGAAAUGGUGGUGGACCACAGCGUGAGAGAAGACUGGGCAUUACACCUUCCACUGUUACUGCACGCCCUCUUUUGGGGUCUGGAUCAUUACAGGCCAGAGGUUUAUGAGCACAGCAAGCGUCUCCUCCUCCACCUACUCAUUGCCCUCUCCUGUAACAACAAUUUCCAGGUAAUAGCCUCGGUGUUGAUGCUGACAAGAGAGAUCAGUGACAACAAGACACUUACCAUUAAGUCCAGCUACCACACAGAGUACCAGCAAUCACAUGCACCUGACUUCCUGCGAGAGUGGCAGGCAUCUCCAGUGGUGGAUUCUGGACUCAGCUCUACCUCCAACUCCUCCUCUGCCAGUCUGGGUGGCGGCAGCACUGCAGGCAGUGUUGGAAAUUUGCCGCUGGUAACCCCAGAUGACCUGGAGGACCUGGAGGAUGCACCCAGUGAAACAGACGAGAAGACAAAUAAACUUAUCGAGUUCCUCUCCACCAGAGCGUUUGGGCCGCUGUGGGUGCAUGAGGACAUUACACCAAAGAACCCCAACUCCAAGAGCACAGAGCAGCUGUCCAACUUCCUGCGCCACGUCGUCUCUGUGUUCAAGGAGUCCAAGACAGAUUUCCACCUGGAGCAGCAGUUAAGCGACGUAGCCUUGCAGACGGCUCUAUGCAGCUCCUCACGUCACUACGCCGGACGCUCUUUCCAGAUCUUCAGAGCACUUAAACAGCCCAUCAACAAUCAUGCUGUGGCUGACCUGGUGUCACGACUCGUUGAGGUUGUGGGAGAACACGGAGAUGAGGUUCAGGGUUACGUGAUGGAAGUCUUGUUGACGCUGGAGUCAGUGGUGGUGAAUCUAGCAGAAUGUUUGAAAAACAGUGACCUCAUGGCAGCUCUGACUAGGACGUCUUCACCUGACUUUGUGACUAGUGACAAACUUAUGAACAGAAAGAGCACAGGUCAGCUGAACUUCCCUGGCCCAGGAUUUGUCGGGCUGUCGUCACAACGCCACCAGCGCUCCUACUCAGUCCCAAAGAAGUUUGGCGAGUGUGGCAACCAGUUGAGUGAUCCUCCUCGCAGUGCAACUCUGGAUCGCAUCCAGGCAUGCAACAGUCAUGGCCUUUCCCGAAGUGGAAGAAUCGCUGGCUCCUGUACAUCAUCAACGAAUCGCAUCGAUCCAAGUGUUUUAUCAGAUCCGGCCCAUAUUUCCCAUCCGUCAUCUAUACUGGCCACAGUGUUCUGGGUGGCAGUGUCACUCAUGGAGUCGGACUUUGAGUUUGAAUAUCAGAUGGCACUUCGUCUAGUUCACAAACUCCUGUCAAAGGUGCCCUUAGACCGAGCAGAAAACCGUGAGCGCCUUGAGAAGCUUCAGGCUCAGUUGAGGUGGAGCGGUUUCUCUGGGAUCCAACAGCUUUUAUUGAAGGGCUUUACAUCUCAGUCCACUUCUGACCUCACUCUGCAGCUCUUCUGCCAGCUCACGCCGGUCUCCCGUGUGCCUGUCGUCGAUAGCUCACAGUCUAUAGGUUUUCCUCUGAAUGUGCUCUGUCUGCUGCCUCACCUGGUGCAACACUUCGGCCACCCAACACAGUUCUGUAAGGAGAGUGCUGAAAGGAUUGCACAGGUGUGUUUGGUAGAGAAGAACACAAAGUUGUCACAUUUGGCUCAUGUAAUGACUCUGUACAAGACACGUUCCUACACACGGGACCCCUUCUCAUGGGUCAGCGUGGUUUGCCGCUACCUCCAUGAAGCCUUCUCAGAUAUCACUCUCAACAUGGUCACCUACAUGGCUGAGCUCCUAGAUAAAGGACUUCCCAGCAUGCAACAGUCACUCCUACAGAUCAUCUACUGCCUGCUCAGCCAUAUGGACCUGACUGCUAUACAGGUCAAACAGUUUAAUGCUGAUGUUAUGAAAACCAUUGAGAAGUUUGUACAGACAGUGCACUGGAAGGACGCCUUAAACAUCUUAAAGUUGGUAGUGUCGCGUUCUGCCAGUCUUGUCCAUCCGGUUUACGGCCACACACAGGGUGACCUCUCCAACCUCGAGGUCAGCCGGGUGUGGGACGGGUCCGCCAAGGCGCUACCGGGGAAGACACUGGACUUCACUUUUGACAUUUCUGAGACUCCAGUGAUUGGACGGCGGUUUGAUGAGCUUCAGGGUUCAGGCGGUCGAGAUGGGAAGUCCAGGGCCAUGGCAGUAACCCGCAGCACCUCCUCCACCUCAUCUGGAUCCAACUCCAACACCAUCCUAGUGCCCGUCAGCUGGAGGCGACCACAGUCCUCUCAGAAACGAACCAGGGAGAAGCUGGUAAAUGUUUUGUCUCUUUGCGGACAAGAAGUUGGACUCACCAAGAAUCCAUCUGUAAUUUUCUCAUCUUGUGGUGACCUGGACAUGAUGGAGGUGAGAGAGAGCGGUGUGUCAUCAGAAGAAGGUGGAACCAGAGAGGACACUCUAGAUGACACUGCCAGUGAGCAGCAGUUCAGGGUUUUCAGAGACUUUGACUUCCUGGACGUGGAGCUGGAAGACGGAGAGGAGCUCCAGGGCGAGAGUGUGGAUAACUUUAACUGGGGUGUACGACGGAGAUCUCUGGACAGCACAGAGCUGGGAGACCUACUGGAGGAGAGCCAGCACUCAGGCAGUACUCCUAGUCUGGGUCACGAAGACCCCCACGAUUCAGAUGAGUCCUCAGAGGAAGAGGAGUCCUCGACCAGCCAGAGCCUCUCUCAUUCUCAACUUACAAACCCGUCUCCAUCAGAGGAGACCAAUCACACUGACUCUCUGUCUACGUCUUAUGACACAUCUGCCGACCCCCAGUCCUUCAACGCCACCACACCAGGCCAGGGCGGGCUCCAUGAUGAGCACAGUGGGCUACAUGGUGUGAGGGUGUGCGGUGAGGACGAGGACACUCAGGCCCACGAUGACGAACUGUCGCUGAGCACCAAUGAGCUCCCUCAUGGCUCCGACUGCGGUGAGAGCUUCACCCUGGAGCUGCCGGGGCAACCACAGGAUCAGCUUCCCAAUCUGGACCACAGGCUCAACCGAGGAUACUGUCAACCACCGCUGGACUUUCUAGACCCCAGCUGUCUGCCUAGCUUACGUGAUGAUGUGGAUGAUUUAGAAGACCUGGGUUUUCCUCCUCCACCAUCUCCAUUUUUCUCUGCCAUCUUGGCAGCGUUCCAGCCCACAGUGUGCGAUGAUGCUGAGGAGGCGUGGCGUUGCCAUAUAAACCAGCUCGUUACUGACUCAGACGGGUCUUGUGCCGUCUACACUUUCCAAGUCUUCUCAUCCCUGUUUAAGAACAUUCAGGGUAAAUUCUGCACCCUGACAACUGACGUGGCCACUUACCUCGGCGAGGGGCUCAGGGGCAUUGGAUCAAAGUUCCUCAGGUCCUCACAGAUGCUCACCACAUGCUCAGACUGUCCCACCAUCUACAUCGAUGCUGACACUAUCAUGUCUUAUGGUCUCCUCGAAAAGAUGAAGUUCAGUGCACUGGAGCUUCAGGAGUAUCUGGAUACGUACAACACCAAAGAAGAGGCAGCCGUAUCGUGGCUGAGGAAUUGUAAGGACACAUUUCCCAGGUGCCCCGGUGACAGUGUGGUAACCUGCCAACCUGGAGACUCAGAGGAGAAGCAAAUGGAGUCUCUUGCUCAACUGGAGCUUUGUCAGAGGCUCUAUAAACUGCAUUUCCAGCUUCUCCUCCUGUUCCAGUCUUACUGCACGCUCAUAGGUCAAGUUCAUGCCGUCAGCUCCGUGCCAGAGCUGCUGAACAUGUCUCGAGAGCUUACUGAUUUGAAGACCAGCCUGCAGGCAGCGGAGGCGGCCGUAGCCAGCGACCUGGAACAUAAACACUUGGCUCACACUCAUGCACACGCCAGCCAGGUGGCAGCCAUGGUGGUGCCAAGCUUCCCCACCUCAGAGGCAGCUGUGCAGGCCAUACUGGAGUGCCUUAAGAACCACGAGUUCACCAAAGCUGUCCGCUACAUCCAAGAGUGCAGGAGGCAGUGGCCUAAUGGCGUGUUUGGCGGCAGCUCAGAAAGCGAGGUGCAGACUCUCCUCAACGUCUACUUCCGCCACCAGACGCUGGGCCAGACCGGCACCAUCGCCCUGGUCGGAUCCCGGCAGGACCUGACCCUGAUCUGCUCCAAGCUGCUGGAGCUCAACGGGGAGAUCCGCGACAUGAUCCGCCGCGCCCAGGGUUACCGGGUCGUCACAACCUACCUCCCCGACUCCAGCGCCUCCGGGACCAGCCUCUGACAGGACCUCAGGAGCCCCCCGCCCCCUCCUUCCCCUCCACCUUUACACCCUAUGACCCUUCCAAAACCGCCGCAGUAUCCGUCGCAUCAGGUGGACCAUACAGAAGAAGUCCAGCACCCGUACACGUGGCCGCUGCCUCCUCCUGUGUAUCUGCUGCCCCGGCUCAUCCAAACCUCCCGCCCCUCCCACCGCUAGACCCAGACCCUCAGCGCUCAUCAUCCCCAUCCACUGUGGACUCUGAGUUCUCCUUACUGGAUUUUCCCAACCCUCCAGACCUGUUCUCAUCAAACACAGCAUGUGAACCUUAUUUUACUCUGCCGCGCAAACAAGAUUCAGGGAGGAGUUACGCUCGUGAACACAUUUACAAUCCUUUCAGAGGACAUUCAUCUCACAGUUCACCACUUCUACAUUUCAACAGACACCUCGUAUCUCCACAUUCACCUCAUGCACUCCCUACUGUAGCUUCAGAGCCCACCCUGAUCACGCACUGCGACAAAUACGCAUCACCUGCUCCCCCUCCAGGCUCCCAUCUCCCUCAUUUCCCCCGUUCACCUUACAAACACCCCAGCCCACCCUCAGGCCAUGAAACCGUUUUAACCCGUGGCCCCGCCCCUUCUUCCUCCCUUCUUCCUGCUCCCCCACCCCCCUCACCCUGUCCCGCCCCCACAGGUGAAGCUGCAGCGUGGGGUUGUUGCUGCUCUCUCGGUGACGCCGCUACACCUUUAUCUCGCUACCUGGGGAAGGUGGGACACGCUGCCCUGCCUAUACUAAACGUGGGGGGGCUCCUGAAGACCGAACCGUCAGAUGUACAGACCUGAGACGUUAAACUUUGCCUGCCAGAACAGUGACGCAGCUAAAGCUUCCGUCGCUAUAAACCUAUUAUUCUUGAUGAGCCUGAAGUCCCCAAAAAAGUGGACAUCUUAAAUACACCUGGACCUUUGACACUUUCUAAAGCAGUGAGUGUUCUUGCUGCCUGCUGAUAAACGUAACCUGAUGUGACUUUAUGUGAGCUUCACUUUAAACCGGACAUGUUGUACAGUCAAUGUGCUCUUAGUUUAAGUCCUGCUUAAAAGUCACCCUUCAGCGUCUAAUCUUCCUGCUUCUGAGGACCUGUGAAUAGCCUGGAUUCGAACCUGCUUCCCAGAGGUACUCAAGACCUGAACAAACUUGACUGCGACGCCUUCCUCCAGGGUGGACGUACGAGCUGCCCGUUAAUAUCACAAGAGACCAUGUGGACACUACCUGUGAUGCUGCUCUAAGAUCACUGGUAGAGUUUUUGCUAUUGCACUAAAUGGACUUUUGGUAUUAGAUAUUUUUUAAAGUGUCAAAGAAAGGAGGUGAUGUUGUUGUUAUUAUUGUUACUGUGAGAGAAAAGGCAUCAUUUUCACCAAGAUGGAAAAGCCAAAACCUGGAGUAACGUUUCUCUCGCACUCGUGUCUACUGUUUUAAGACCUCUCUUGGAGGAAAUUGUGCAAUGCAUGACCCAGUUGAAUGCUUUCUACUGUACUAGCAUCUCUUUUGCUCCCUACAAGUCUGACUACUCCAGACUGACUGAAAGACUGAUAGGCUAGGGGGCAGAUGCAGGAUAUUGAAGCGUAAUUCCUGAUGCUGUUCUUGCUGUUUAUAUUCUGUAUCAGUGAACCAGCUAUCUUCUGACUACUGUUGUAAACAUUGGUAGACUAAUCAUGCUGUUAUCUGUGCACAGCAUACACUCCCUCUGUGGCUAGUUGUAGCAUCAUUAGUGAGUGUACACACUGUAUAUUUUUCACUGUCCUACACUGUAACACGUUGACCUUAGGUGUUCACAUGCCGCGAGGAUGGUGCAUGUAUACACACAAAUAUUUUUGUCUCUGUCUGUAUCCUGUUAAUACUUAUGGGCACACAAUCAUUGUAGAAUAUGUUUGUGUGUUGUUUGUAGUUAGCCUUACACAUAAGGGAAAUGCUGACAUUCAGCACCCGUCGUCAAUGUUCAGAACAAAACCUGUGCUACUACUGAAGUCAAACACUUCCUGCGUUAGCUGUUUUUGUGACUCCCCUCUAGCAGUUCUUUGCCCUUUGCUGUACAAAUAUCUUUUUUCCUAUUUAUAUCUAAACAGCUACAACUCAACACUCAUUCAACUUAGGUUUUAUAUUGAUGUUUGUUCUUUGAAAUCAAACUGCCAUGCAUGCAUCUUCUGUGUACUGUAUGGAGUGUUUGAAAUAUUUAUUAACAGAAUCAUAUUUUAUCUGAAAGAUAUGUUUGUAUGAGGUACAAAAGGGAGCUUUAAGCUCAUGGGGGUAUGUUUUUUUUUCCUGUGUGUGGGAGGACGUGUGUGUGUGCAUGCCAAAUAAGAAAUUGCACAUUUUUAAAGCUUUUUAGAUGAAGAUUGUAGUUGUUUUUUUCCACCUUGUAAAUACUUUUACAGCCUUUGUGAAGUUGUUUUUGAGUUGAUGCUCUGUACAAGUCGGUGUCAAAAAAGUAAAAGACAUAUCAAAACUGAAA